AAUUAAUUCUCAUCUUCAACUCAAUAAGCUCUAUUAGCUAUAAUACAUAGCACACUUACUUAGUGAGUCAAUUGAAGAACCCGAAAACCCUAGUGUGUGAUAUGGCUUCCAACAAAGCUAGUUCCUCCAUUGCUCUUUUCCUCAUAAUCAAUGUUCUCUUCUUUGCACUUGUCUCCGGAUGCGGAAACAAGUGUAAUAAUAGACCCAGUCCUAAUCCAAACCCUAACCCUUCAGGUGGUGGAUCAUGUCCACGUGACGCGCUCAAACUCGGGGUGUGUGCCAACGUUCUCAACGGUUUGUUGAAUGUAACUUUGGGGCAGCCACCGGUGACUCCUUGCUGUUCCCUCCUCAACGGCCUCGUCGAUCUUGAAGCCGCCGCUUGCCUCUGCACCGCCCUUAAGGCAAAUGUUUUGGGCAUCAAUCUCAACCUUCCCAUCUCCCUCAGCUUGCUCCUCAAUGUUUGCUCAAAGAAAGUGCCACAUGGCUUCCAAUGUAACUAAGCGCUUUGGUGUUGUUGAUUCAUGCAUGUAUGCAUGCUAUAGUUGUGCUUUCCUAUUAGUGUUUGUUUUUCGAUUCUAUUACUUAUUGGUGUGGGAUUGGUUGUUGUAUGUACGUGCAUGGUUGAUUACCGACUCGUUAUCAACCUUUAAUUUUCAGUUUAUUGUAUGUUGCAAUGCGUUGUAUUUUUACCGUGUAUUUGAGAUAGUUUAUGUUCUUUAUUUCAUUGAGAAAUAAUAUACGAGGAGUGUUAGGAGA